UGUGCUCCAUUCGAGCUCGGUCUUUGCUUUCCUCCUGCGGGUAACCGCUCUCCUUUCGUUCUCUAUAUUUGCAGGAUCAACUGAAGAAAAAUGACAGUUCUAAAGAGAUACGUGUUGAGGUUGUUCAUAUCAUUAAAGUACGUCACGGCCAAUGUCGUGGACAGGAAUAAUGGGAGGAUUGUGGCGACAGCAUCAACAGUUGAACACUUCAUUAAGAACUCUCUGGAGUGUGGCAGAUCUUGCAAUGCCAAGGCUGCAGGUGUCAUUGGAGAGGUGUUGGCAAUGCGACUUAAGGUGGAGGGUCUUGAGCACGGACUGGGUAGGGGUAUUCAUGUGGACAUAAACAAGGAGAUAGAGAAGAAAGGCUUUAAGAACAGAACAAAGAUCUGGGCCGUCAUCAAUGCAUUAAAGAACAAUGGAGUCAAACUCAUACUUGACGAAAAUGAGGAUCAUGCUCGACCAAGUUGUUGAACAACUUCGUAGUUGUCUCUGAUCUGCGUGGAAAUUAACCAUCUUGCCAAACGCGGUCACAUAGAAGCAUGAUCAUGCAUGAGAUCUGCAGAAAAGGUGCACUCCAUUCUGAGUAUCCAAGUUCAAGGCAUCUUUUUCCACAAUUCCCGCAGUGGGCUGCUUAUUCAAGCAGGGUCUGGGAAAUUUAUAAGAUGCAAAGAAUGCCUAGACAUGUUGCUCUCACCGAGGACUGAGUACAUUCGUGCCCCAUUUGAGUACAAAGUAACGGUAACUACCGUUUGUUAAUCAAUAUAAUUGGGAAAUGCAAAGUCUCUGUAUACAUGUCCUGUUUUGAACGGGAAAACAAAUUGUAGUUGUUCUCUGUUG